AGCCCACGACACCAGCUGACCCUUCUGGCGACCCUACAAAACUACUCCACACAUCCCUCCAAAAACACCUGCCGCUUUCUGACCGCACCCUCCCUCCACUCCGUCCUCCCUCACCCGCUAAGAGACUUCACUUCUUGGUCACCUCGCCUCCGGACCCCGGAGGUGGGCGGUGCACAGGGUGGAGUCUCUGGGGAAAGAACCGAAGCGUCUACAUCGGGUCCCUAAAGAUGUUGCCGCUAGCGCUGCUGCUGCCGCUGCUGCCACUGCCGCUGAUCGUGGAGCCUGCCCGGGCCUCGCUGAUCCGGAUCCCUCUCCGCCGAGUCUACCCUGGACUCAAGACCCUGAACUCACUGAGGGGAUGGGGGAAGCCAACAGUGCCCCCCAGUUUGGGGUUCCCAUCCUCUGGGGACAAGCCUGUCUUUGUACCUCUCUCUAACUACAUGAAUGUCCAGUAUUACGGGGAAAUUGGACUGGGAACACCCCCGCAAAACUUCUCUGUCAUCUUUGACACUGGCUCCUCCAAUCUCUGGGUCCCAUCCAUAAGAUGCCACUUCUUCAGUCUGCCCUGCUGGUUCCACCACCGCUACAACUCCAAAGCCUCCAGCUCAUUCCAACCCAAUGGGACCAAGUUUGCCAUUCAAUAUGGAACUGGGAGGCUAGAUGGCAUCCUGAGUGAGGACAAGCUGACUAUUGGAGGAGUUAAGAGUGCAUCAGUGAUUUUUGGAGAGGCGCUGUGGGAGCCCAGCCUGGUCUUCACUUUAGCCCACUUCGAUGGAAUACUGGGCCUCGGUUUCCCCAUUCUGGCUGUGGGAGGAGUUCAGCCCCCGCUGGAUUUACUGGUGGACCAGGGGCUACUGGAUAAGCCUGUCUUCUCCUUCUAUCUCAACAGGGAUCCUGAAGCAGUGGAUGGAGGAGAGCUGGUCCUGGGUGGCUCCGAUCCAGCUCACUAUAUCCCACCCCUCACUUUCUUGCCAGUCACGGUCCCUGCCUACUGGCAGAUCCACAUGGAGCGUGUGAAGGUGGGCACUGGGCUGAUUCUUUGUGCCCAGGGCUGUGCUGCCAUCCUGGACACAGGUACAUCCCUCAUCACAGGACCCACUGAAGAGAUCCAGGCCCUGAAUGCAGCCAUUGGAGGAUUCUCCUUGCUGUUGGGGGAGUACCUCAUCCAGUGCUCAGAAAUCCCAACGCUCCCUCCAAUCUCCUUCCUCCUUGGGGGGGUCUGGUUUAACCUCACGGCCCAGGACUAUGUCAUCCAGAUUGCUCGGGGUGGUGUCCGUCUCUGCUUGUCUGGCUUCCAGGCCCUGGACAUACCUCCGCCUACAGGGCCCCUCUGGAUUCUCGGCGAUGUCUUCUUGGGGGCCCACGUUGCAGUCUUCGACCGCGGAAACCUAACAGGCGGUGCCCGAGUGGGGUUGGCGCGCGCCAGCCCUCCAGCAGCCGGACCACAAGGGGGUGGGUCCGCGCAGGCGCAGUUCUCCGGCUGGCGCCCUGGCUAGGCGCAUGCGCACCGAGUAGUAGCCGAGGCCCAGCUGCUCAGUAAAAAUCCGUUAUUUACAUUGA